GAAAUUGUUAAAGAGAUAUAAACAUAAUACUCUUUUUCUAGAAGUAAAUUUAAUUUUUCAAGAAACGUAUAUUUGUUUUCUUUUUGUUUUAUAGUCAACCCAAUCUAGUUAGAUUUAUGAUUAUUUGUUUACUGACACUGGUCGAUACUUUCUUUAACCAAUAAGGCGUUUUAUUAAAAUGCCGCCAUAUCUGCAUUGUUUUGUUAAAUAACAUUUCACCGAAAUUUAUGUUGCAUAAUGAUACAUUGAGUUACAAUUGUUUUUUUUGUUUCUUUUGUUAAAAAUACGUGUAAUUAUAAUACUUAAUAUUUCAUUCUUCUUAUAUAUUAACCGUUAACAAUGCCACGUGAUAUACGAUCUUAUUUCACUUGCACUACUAAAAAAUCUACGAAUCAAUCUACGGAUAAAUCUGCGGAUAAAUCUAUGGGUAAAUCUACUGUCAAAAAGAAAAAAAGAGCAAUAAUCUCGUCUGACGAAGAGGACACAAAGUCAUGUGCUGUGGUAAAACGUACCAAGUUGACAAAGAAAAUUAACAAGCAUCAUGUUUUAUCUGAUUCUGAUGACGAAGUUCAAAUAAACUCAAGUACUAAAAAUAAAAAAGCUGAAGUCCAACUGGUUAAUGAUGUAAAAUCUCAUAUCAAAAAUGAACCGGAAAGCACAAUUUCACCAGCAGAAAUGUUUAGUAAAACAUCAGUGACACGAGAAACAAUACCAAGAGUGAAGAAGAAGCCGAAGAAACAGGAGGCUAAAACUCACUUAGAUGACGAGUUUGAAUUUACAUUGAGCAAGUUAGAUACAACAAUAAUUGAAAAAGAAUACUUACAAAAUGUCGAUGAAGAUGAACCUCAAAACAAAGACGACCGGAAAGAUGAGAAAGAGAAGAAGCAUAAUAAGUCUGUCGAUGAUGAAAUAUCUUACAAAAAACAAGAUAUAAAACAAGGAGAUAAAUCUUCCAGUAAUAAAGAGUUUUCUUUCACCAAUGUAGAACAUAAUAUUGAUAAAAAAAUGAAAAACUCUCCUAAGAAAUCAUUGAAACGUUCUAAUCAUACUUCUGCAAUAGAAAUUGAACCUAAAAGAUCGAGAAAAGAGAAUGCUAACAGUUCAAUAUCAGAUGAAUAUGAGGAAAGAAUUCAAAUGAAAAAACAAAAUUCAAUAUUAUAUCAGAAAUAUCUUCAAAGGGGUGGUGCAAGAAAUCCUGGUUCUAAGGAAGUUCCGCAGGGUGCAGAAUAUUGCUUAGCAGGUCUAAGUUUUGUAAUAACAGGUGUUUUGGAUUCCUUAGAAGAUAAUGAAGCUAAAGAAUUAAUUACAAAAUAUGGUGGUCGUAUUUUGCAUCAAGUAUCGAAAAACACAGAUUAUCUCAUAGUAGGCGAAGAAUAUGGACCUGUAAAGAUGGCAAAGGCCAAUGAAUUAAAGAUAAAGAAAAUAUCUGAAGAUGACUUGUUGGAAUUAAUAAGAACAAGACCUAAAGGAAAAGCUGAAGAUGUAAAGCAAUCUCGUGCAAGAUCGAAAGAAAAACCAAUGUCAAAGGUAGAACCUUGUGUAAUGCCAAAACCGCACAAAACUGUGAAAGAAACAAUGGAACCUAUAAAAAGAACAGUGGAACCUGUGAAGGAAACAGCAGAACUUGCAAAUGAAACUGUAAAAUCUGUGAAAGAAACAGCAAAACCUAUGAAGGAAACAGUGGAAUCUGUGAAAGAAACAGCAAAACCUGUAAAAAAUAUAGAGUCUUCAGUAACGAAACUAGAUACUGAAGUAGCGAAUAAUACUAUAAUAACGGAGAAUUGUGAAGCAUUAGUUGAUAAAUACAGACCAAAAACUAUGAAACAAAUAUUAGGACAACAAGGAGAUAAAAGUUCUGCGAAGAAAUUAUAUACUUGGUUAUUAAAUUGGCAUAAAAAUCAAAAUGGAACUAAGAAACAUAUUAAACCUAGUCCUUGGGCAAAAAAUGAUGAUGGAGCAUUUUUCAAAGCUGCUCUGUUAUCUGGAUCACCAGGUAUUGGUAAAACUACUACUGCUCAGGUUGUAUCUAAUGAAUUAGGUUUCGAUCUGUUAGAAUUUAAUGCUUCUGAUACAAGAAGUAAGAAACUUUUAAAAGAAGGAGUUUCUGAAAUUCUAUCGAAUACAACAAUAAAAACCUACUUCAGUAAUCAAAAAGGAGAAGAGAAAGCUAAGCAUGUAUUAUUAAUGGAUGAAGUUGAUGGUAUGGCUGGUAAUGAAGAUCGUGGAGGUUUGCAGGAAUUAGUCAGUUUAAUCAAAUCUACGGAUGUACCAAUAAUUUGUAUUUGCAAUGACCGAAACAAUCCGAAAAUGAGAACACUCUCCAAUUAUACAUUUGAUCUCAAAUUUCAAAAACCAAGAUUAGAGCAAAUUAGGGCGGCAAUGAAAUCAAUAUGUUAUAAAGAAAAUAUACAAAUAUCUACAGAACAACUUGAUCGCUUAAUUGAAUCAACUAAUCAAGAUAUUCGUCAAGUGAUUAAUCAUUUGUCAUUAGUCGAAAAAUCUGAUAUCGUAAAAAAGACAGAUAGUAAACCAAAUAAAGAUUUGAAAUUGGGUCCUUGGGACGUAGUGAAAAAAGUUCUAAGUUUCGAAGAGAACAAAAAUAUGAGUAUUAAUGAAAAAAGUGAUCUUUUCUUUCAUGACUAUAAUAUAGCAUCGUUGUUUGUACAAGAAAAUUAUCUUUCAGUUAUGCCUACAGCACCGAAAACUGAAUUAUUAGAAAGAGUCGCACAAGCUGCGGAGAGUAUAGCAUUAGGAGAUGACAUAGAAAAAGAAAUUCGAAGUAACAAUGCCUGGUCCCUUUUGCCAAUUCAAGCUUGUUUUUCUUCAGUUAUUCCUGGUAAUAUGAUGUCCGGAGAUAUAAAAAAUCAAAUUAAUUUUCCAUCCUGGCUUGGGUGUAACUCGAAAAAGAAUAAAUUUGAUAGAUUAUUGCAAGAGAUAACUGUACAUACUCGUUUAACUACUGGUGCGAGUAAGGAAGCUGUCAAUUUAGAUUAUUUAAAUCAUAUAAGAGAUGCAAUUAUUAGAUCUUUGAUUAACGGUGCUGAAGGAGUAGAUGAAGCAGUUAAAGUUAUGAACCAUUAUCAUUUGUUAAGAGAGGAUUUAGAUUCCUUAAAUGAAGUUUCUUUAUGGCCAGGACAACGUAAUUCACUUCAAACUGUUGAUAGUAAGGUACUAGCAGCAUUUACCAGAACAUAUAACAAGAAAUCUGGUGGUGUACCUUAUACUAUUAAUAGCAGUAAAGUAAAAAAAUCUACAAUGGCUUCGCAAGAAAAUUUAGAAUUUGUAGAAGAUGAUAUAAAUUCAGAUGAGGAAGAAGAUAACAUCAAUACUGAUAAAAUGAUUAAGGCAAAAAAGCCAACGGCAAAAAAUAAAAAAGAAACGGAAAAAAAAAGUAGUGAAAAACCGUCCACCAAACGUGGAAAAAAAAAAUAAUUUUUUAUAAGGAAAUAUAUGCAUGUAUUGUCAUGCGUAAUUACAUACUACAUAUAGUUGCUUUCUAUGAUUUAUUAAAGUAAAUGUUCUGUUCAAAGUACGAUUCAUGGCAAACAAGUACAAAUCUGUAAGACUUUUAAGUUAUAUGGUAUGUCUGUUCUGUUUUUCAUUAAAAACAUAUCUAGUUUCUACAUAUUUUUUUCUAACAAUACGUAUAAUAUAAUUAAGCAAUUUUAAUAACAAACAAAAUUCGCACUUAUAUUUCAUAAUAAUUUAAAUAUUCCUAAAUAUUUUUUCUCAUUUAUGUUGCGUGUGUUAAUACUAUUAUGAAAUUUUUUACUUUUUAAAAUACUACCGUUUUAAAAUGAACGAUUGCAGCGCCAUUUUCGUUGCUGAUUGGUUCUUUGCAUUUUCAUUGACGAUCGCUCAUUGGUUGAUGCCUUGUUCCUCUCAAAUGUGCCAACUUCAUUUUAGUAAUUAUAGUUAAUUUUACCAUAUCCAUCAAUUUUAUGGCUAUUCGAAAGAACUUCAUUUGUUUCUUAUUUUAAUUCAUUUGUUUUUUAUUUUAAUUUUUUUUUAAUAUUUAAAUGAUUAAUUAUGAUAAAAAUAAUUUAGUUUUCCAAGAUUUUUAAUAGUUCACAUUUUUCUUUUUACUUGUUAAAAUUAAAUUACCCUAGAACAUUGCUUGACAAGUUAAAUUGCUCGCAAAUAUAUUUUUUUACAUUGAAUGCAAAUAAUAUAUCCAUUCUAUUUUUAUUAUAAUAAUCAAUAAAAAAUAAAUUAAAAAUGGAUUCCGUAAAUCUGUGUUCCAUAAAAUUUUGUAAAAUAUUGUUGCUCUUGAAAAAUUUAUUACAUCUUGAAAAAAGUGAUUUCUCAUUUCUUUAACAAUGAAUGAGCUAAUCUGAAAUUAGUAUUGGUUCGUAUGCUCUUCGAGUAUAUAAAAUUGCUAAGGAAGUAUAUAAUAUCACUAUUGUAGUAGUCUAGUUUUUAUUUAAAUAUAGUUGUAACAAGAAAACGUACUCACAUAACUCACGUAACGUAUAUUGUAUAUUAUUCUGUCCCUUUUACAAAUGCGUUUUAUUACGCAGUUCCUUUCACUUGUGAUUCUUUCGCAGUUUAUUUUCGUCGAUCGAAAAUGUAUUAGAUCGAAAAGUUAUCGCAUAGAUGUAAAACUUCAUCAUUUACUGAAUUACGAAUAAAUAAAAUGUAAUUAUUCAAUGUAA